CUCUAUAAAUGCAGAAGAAGACGAGUUUCAUCGUGAUUGGGUUGUGAUUUUGAUUUUUAGGAUUUUCUUCAGCGUAACCAGAAAGAACAAUUAGGGGAAAAAAAAUUUAGCGAGUUAGGGUUUCUAAUUCAACUCACUGAUUCUCCUAUACUUGUAUUCCCGGUUUUUUCAACUUCGCCGGAGAAAUCUCGCUCUAAAUAUUCUCCGAUUAUGUCUCCAGUAGCGUAAAGAUCGGAUUUUCCGGCGACAAAUUUGGGGGUUUUCCGAUUAUUCUUUGAGUGUGUGGGAGAAAUUUCCGAUUUUGUUCCUAAAAAAAAGGGUCUUUACUCAGAAAGCGAUUACUUGGUUUCUUCUUGCUUUCAAUUUUGCAUUGAGUUGAAUUUGACUGUGCCGUUUUGAAUCAGAAUAUGCGAUAUUGGGUUUCUAUUUUUUGAGGAUAAAAAUAACUUUUUUUUUGUAGGAUUAGAUUUUUUUUGUUUUGUUUGGGAGUGUUCUUCAAUUUUGAUUAAUUGGGUUUGAUUUUAAGGAAAUGGGACGGUAAAAUCUAGAUAAAUCAACUUCUUCAAUUUGAUUAAUUUUUGGGUUUGAUAUUUAAGGAAACUUUGUCCUUUGAUAAAUUUUCCGCAUCAGUUUCAUAAGUGCUUUUUUUAUAAAAAAUAAAAUAAAAAAUAAAUUAAAAUAAAAAGCUUUUCAAUUUUUGGAUUUUGAAUUGGUAUUGAAUUUUGAUAUUAAUAGGUUUAAUUUAUUUAUUUGUAUGGAUGGAUCAUUUUUCUUAAUAUAGUGGUCACUGCAACAGGCAGAACCACUGAUCAUUCUGUGUCAAUUUUUUUGGCUUCAAAUUAUUUCACAAAUUCCUUGGCUUUCUAAAGAGCUUAAUCAAUCAUUGUUGUAACCCCUUUUGCAAUUUUGCUAUUAGAGAAUAAAAUUGCAACUAUGGCUGUGUCUUUGACACGUUUAUCUUGUUGGUUAUGGGGUGGUAGUAAGGAAAAAGAGUCUGUUGUUAAUGGAAAUUCAUCUUCUGAAUUGAGUUUUUCAUUGAAAGAAAGAGAGUCUUUGAAGUUUCCUUUGAUGAAGGGAACAAAUAAUCAAAGGAAGGUUAAGAAGAAGUGGCAUAGUAGGGAAGAAAGGAGAGUUGAUAGAGAGUAUGAUGUUGUUUUAGUACCAUCUGAUGGUGGUGAUUGUUUAUCAGGCUCUGAAUAUGAUGACUCAGAUUGGUCUAUUGGGUGGUUGGAACCUCAUGGUUCUGAUUUUCAGAGUGAUGACGAGUCUGCAUCUGAUAGUAGUUUUGCUGUUUUGGUUCCUUGUUAUAGACCAGGUUGCAAGGAAGUGGAUGGCUCAAAUAAUCAGCUUUUGACUGCUAUUAAGAAUCUACCAAAUGAAUUUUCUUCUGCUGGCAACAAUUACAUGGAACAAUGGUUGGCUUCACUUCAGAAUUUUGAAGUGUAGAUAACUACUUUCCAGUGUGUUUGUAAACUUCGAUGUCCACCGUGCCUGCACGAGUUUGAUGGCUGCCCGGUGGAAGGAUUUCUAUCGCGUUUUCAAACACACAAAGCUUUAUCUUUUAUGACUAUGGACCUUUCUGACUACCUUCUAGAUGUAGGGGAGGCAAAAAUAAUACUUAUUGCAUCCACUGUAUUUUUUGUACAUAAAAUCCACUUCUCUUCUUAUUGUAUAAGCUCAAUUUGCAGUGCAAAAUUUGGAGCUAGAACACACGAUAUGCAAAAUUUGCUGUGAAUAAGAGUUUCUCUUCAAUGAAAAUCAAUAUUAUAUGGA